GAAAAUAUUUGCGUUUUUCUAUACUUUUCAAUGGAUUUACAGAUUUAUUAAUGAAUUAAAGUUUCAAUCAUUUAAUGACAUAUUUUUAUAUUUGAUUUUAAUUUGAUUACAAAAAUGACAACAAUUUGAAUGUGAAGUCGAUAUGAAAAGUGGAAAUAGUGUUGAGUUUUGUGUGAAAGCAUUGGUUUUGUGUUUGUCUUCCAUUGGAGGCGUAUUUUGCACUCAGGUGAACGUCUGGAGCGAUGGUCCGGGAGUUCUGGACAUUCCGAUGACAAUGAAUGCCCGACUGAGUGGCCAAAUGCCGAUCGAAGUGAACCAAUUCGUGUAUGUCUUC